UCCCCCUCUCGGCGACCCUGCUGUCAUCUCCUUUUCCCAGCGCCAGCUCACUUUUGAAUAGCAGCCCAUCAUCUUCCAUAUCCGAAGACAUUUUGCUCUUUGAAAUAUUAUUAUUGAAUUCUUUGCUUCGCACUACAGUGGGAGUAGGUUGAACAGUUCCACGAGCCUUGCCUUCAGCUGGUUUCUGUCUCUAAGUCUUGCUUUCAGCUGAUUUGUAAUACUGACAAGGAACGGAACAGCUGAACAUCAACUUUUUGUGCCAUCUUUACUGCUUUCUAAUACCAGUCCGCGAAUAUUUCUCUGCAUUCGCUCGUUUCAUGCAAAGGUCUUCUAUGACCCUGUCAACUAUGUGACAGGCUUGAAAAAUGUCUUGGUCGACCCAACAAGCUCUUACAAGCUCUUACCAGAGGUCGUAGAGGCUCUAUCCCGUUCAAAAUCUUGUGCCUUUAUUUUGGUUUUUGAGUCCCAGAACCAUUCUUCUUCAAAGCCAGUGCGUGACGCAUCAUAAAACACGCUGUAGAGUUGGGGCUUGAAGAUAGACUCUAUUACUGCAACAUGAUGACGUUCGACCCAACAAGUACGUGAAAAAUUGACUAAAUAAUUUAUCUGUAUUCCUGCGAGGUCCAUUACAUCUCCGUAGUGUGUCAUUUACUGUAUGACCAACCAUUUUAGCGUAAUAAUCAAAAUAUUCAAGCAAUUUUCCAAGAAAAAGGGCACUUUUCCCCUUUUGAGAAAAAGGGCAGGGGUCUGGACCCCCAGGACCCCCCCCGUAGUUGCGCGCCUGGUAAGGCUGGGGGAGUGUUUGUGCUCAGGACAGAUAGUAGAUUUUUCCCAAUACCAUAAUCAAGUACUUGAGAGGGGGGAAGUAUAAAAUAAAAUAAUUGCAUGGAUCUGUUCCAAUUAUACAGCUGGGUUUUUGGCAAUCAAAGGAUCUAAGUUUAAGCAAAAUGUUGACAAAAUUCUCCAUGCAAGCGGGUAUUACAUGGCCUUGUCAUUACUAAAUGUUUGGAUUUACGAAUUCAUAGCAAUUAUUAAUAGGCUGGUUGUAAAACCUUAACUGUCCGCUUAGUCUCAUUACUCCAUAGUUGCAGAACCAUUGAGAAUGCAAAAUGCAAAAUUUUGUGUGCAAUUCGUGUCACGUCACAUUUGAUGCAAGGAACGUUGCGUUGCAUUUCGUAGAAGACGCUUCAAGUUGCAUUCCAAAGUCGCCUCACAUUUUAGAAAGGCGUUUUGCGCUCAUGUCAUGCAAGACGCGUUGCCAGAUGUCUCGAAUAAGGCGCGUCGCACGUGUCGCGAUGCGUUGAAUUUGAAACAAGAAACAAGACGCGCUUAAUCAAGCGUCUAUUCUCUCUUCACUUCAUAGGCCAGACAGAAACGAGACCAAAGUAAGAUGGUUAAUCGCUAUGACAAUCAAUGGAGGACAUAAACAUGAGUAUUAACGUGACAUGAACCCUACCAGCAAAGAUGGUCAAAAUAACCUCUGAACUGAUUAUUCGUCACGGAAGCCAUUCAAAAAAGCAGAACUAUGAAAACGACUUCCAGUUUUUGCGAAGAUUAACCCACAUAUAUUGUCAAGAAAAAAAUAUCGAUGAAAUUGUAAAUCUUGAAGUAUGCAAAAACCUCAGUGUUUUAUAUCUAUAUGAUAACAAUAUCAAGCUGAUCAAGAACCUUUCAUCAACCUCAAAUCUAACGCAUCUUUAUCUCCAGAAGAACCAAUUAACCAGAAUCAGUGGCCUAAAUGGGCUCACGAGACUUUCAAAAUUGUACCUUGGAAGCAAUUCAAUAUCAGUUGUUGAAGGCUUAGAAAAGGUUGAAAGCUUAUCAGAACUUCAUGUAGAGAACCAACAUUUGCCCCCUGGGGAAUCAUUGCUGUUUGAUCCAAGGACAAUUGAAUCAUUGUCUAAAUCAUUGACAGUACUAAAUGUAUCCGGAAACAACCUCACUGAAGUAUCUGAACUUUCACCCCUUGGCAGAAUAACCCAGUUCUUUGCAUCUCAUAACAACCUAACAGACCUUUAUGACCUUUCUUGUGCUGUUCGGUCCUGGCCUACUCUGUCGAAACUGGAACUUACUGGAAAUCCAUUUUGUCACAAGAAAAAAUACCGAGACAAAAUCAUCCUUAUGUCUCGACGACUGGUAAUGCUUGAUGGAAAAGAGGUCAAUGAGGCAACCAGAUUGUUUUUACAAAGCUGGCAAGCGAAUAAAGAUAUGAAAAGAAUAAAACGGAAAGAAAGCAGGCAUGACUCUGAGACUGAUGGAGUGGCCGACACAGAGCAUGGCCUUCCACGUUUGACAAUGCAAGCCUCCUUGGAAAGCAAGGGUCUUACAACUGAAGGGUCAUUUGUUGUCCGCCAUCCAGGUCCGUAUUCGAAGCAAAACAAGCAAUUUGCAAGCUUAUUAGCAAAGGCUUCGGAGCGCAAGGGUAUACCAUUAGGCACAGAUACAGUGACAGCAAGAUAGACUUAGCAUAAAAGGGACAACGGUAACUGGUACUUCCAAAUUCAAGCAGAAGAACUUCACGAAAAUCUAGAGGAAUUGAAUUGCCUUUUCCCAUGCAAAUCCGGACGCAUAAACUAUUAGCCAUCGCUUAUCGAAACCAGUUUGCUAAUAAAAAAACUCGGUAGGUUUAUUAAUGGAACAUAGUUUACGGUAUUGCACCGUUUGUAAUCUUAAAAGAGCAAACAGAAUUGAAUUUAGUGUGGUUUUUAUCAUUCAAAUCAAUCAGUGAAACUGUCCUAUGAACAUUGGAGAUAUCUAAGAAGACAGUGUCAAAAUUAGGACAAACGGCCUAAGUGUAAUGAUUUUUUAGAAACCUAGAAAAAUAACAAGCGUUCUGAAAGCACUUUAAGACCUGCUUGUAUCUAAAUUUCUAAGGUGGUUUUGUAGCAGUUAAAUGUAGUCAUCUAGCAAGUGUACAUAAUUAUAUCAAAUACAUCAACUACAGAAUAAAAGCGUUCCCCACAUUGCAGGAGUUAUGUGAUGAAAUCAGUCCAUAGUAAUAUAGAGGCACUGAUUUCAAACUGUUUCUUCUCAUUUUUCCUACGGUUCAUACCCUAUAUAAGAAAAUUCCCGAAAAUGGUCACCUCUGUAUAACUGACGAAUUUUUCGAAAAAGUUUCAUAAAUUGUGAACACUUCGCUGUUGCUAUGUUGUGGCGCGUACUUACGACGCAAGAUGUAUUAUCAGUCAGGAAGGAGAAAGCUUACACGUCAAAUCGUCUCUUAUAGUAAAUUCUUCUCUAAUACAUUCUUUUUGCCGCAAUCCUUCAAAAAGCUACGUUCUACGAAAGAAUAUCUCUCCCACCGUUCCGUGAAAAUAAAUUUUUGCGAAAUAUUAAACUUUUUCGUAGCUCAUCGUUUAAUGUUUCUCCCAAAUAUUAAACGCAAACCAAUUCCAUCGAAAUAUGCAAAAAGUAUAUCCCAAAAGGUCUUUUCUCUUGAGGUUUUUACCAAGCUACAUUAGAUGUCUCCCUCUAUUCUGAAUUCAUGGAACUUAUCUCUAAAAGAAACAUUUUCAAAGAAACAGUUGAAAUUUGUCUACCAUCUUACAAAUCUUUCGUCCUUUGAUCUUUCGGUGAGGCUCGGCAUUUAAAUGUUCAUAUUUUUGUUCAUGCACAUGUAAACAGCGUCAAGCAAGAGAAUUUCAGUUUAUGGAUCAAGUGACGGGACAGGAAAAGCUUUUAUGUUGUAAGACCAAGUCGAUAUUCGAUUUAGGUUGUGACGCGUAGCCUAGCCAAAGACUCUUCUCUACGCAAAUUUGCAAGACAACACACCUCAACUUUGCACCCCGAGUUUGCACAGUGACUUUGCACAGUGAAUUUGCACCGUAAGUUUGUACCGUGAGUUUGCACCGCGAGUUUGCACCGUGAGUUUGCAUCGUGAGUUUGCACUGUGAGUUUGCACCGUAAGUUUGCACCGCGAGUUUGCACCGUGAGUUUGUAUCAUGAGUUUGCAGUGUGAGUUUGCACAGUGAAUUUGCAUCGUGAGUUUGUACCGCAAGUUUGCACCGCGAGUUUGCACCAUAAGUUUGCACCGCAAGUUUUCACCUCGAGUUUGCACCGUGGGUUUGAACUUCUAGAGCUAUUGGGUAGUAUAGCAUUAAGGUAUACCUUUUUUCAUAAUCUGAAGAUUAUUAUUUUAAAUGUUCGCUUGUCAAUAGAUGUACAUAGUAAAUGUGAAAUGUUGUUGUAAUCACCUAAACAUUUAUUCAUGAAAACGCUAUGGCUGAAAUCGACUGAAUUAGUAGAAAAAGAGAAAAUAAAUCGUUGUA